AUGUAUCGCUCGGUGCUUGGUGUCGUUCUUGGAUUGCAGUUUAUCGCGGGGGCAUAUGGGCAGACAUGGUGCGGAAAGCCGUACAUGCAGAACCAGACGGCCUCAGCGCCAGGCGGCAACUUUGCGAUACCAUCGUACUCGUCUAGUCCGCUGCUAGCGUUCCGCUGUGCGCCGGCUAUCCGGCCCUACCUCGAGGAAGACGUCGGCUCCGGAGGCGGCAUCCUCAUCGACACCCCCGUCGUCAAUUACCAGAUCGCCGGUGCGGAGCCCAUCAGUCUCCCGAGCAGCGGGUCGCUCUCGAGUGCGGGCAGCCUGGACGUGACGGUCAGUGUGAACGGGACGACGCUCGGCACGGCCAAGGUUCCGCUUAAUGCGACCGCGUACGAGAUCCCGAUCAGCUUGAAGAGCUUCACGCCCCAGAUGGCCGCGUAUAGCGUGUCUUGCUCUGCGACGUACUCUGGUUCCUCCGGGUCGCAGACAUACAACGCGGCGGCCGCGCUCUCUGUAUUGCCGAACCCGUCGAACAGCUCGGUGACAAAGAUGGACCUCCGGACGGGUGCGUUGCUGGCGAAACCGGCGAACGGGACCGGUGGGGACUACGCACCAGUGUUCCCAAUUGGAUUCUAUACCACCUAUGAUCCAUACCUCACGUCUAAUUUGUCGGUCCUUAAUGAGCUCAAGGAACAAGGGUAUGUUCACCCUGUACCCACGUUUGACAACACGACACAGCUGGACGAAGUGCUCGACCGUAUGCAAGAAGUCGGCCUGUAUCUCAUGUACGACAUGCGAUUCACCUACAUGAACGCCUCGUCCGUCACCGAGCAAGUCAACAUGAUCAAGAGCCGACCGAACCUGCUCCUCUGGUACACCGGCGACGAGCCCGACGGCACCUCAGACCCCCUGAAUGCGACCGUGAGCGCGUACGACCUGAUCUACUCGCUCGACGGGUACCACCCCGUCUCGCUCGUGCUCAACUGUCAGGACUACAACUGGGUGAACUACACCGCGGGAACGGACGUCGUGAUGCAGGACGUGUACAUGGUCUCGAAUAACGUUACCUUCUCGAGCGAGUGGAACACCGUCUGCACGGCCGACUACGGCUGCUGCGGAUGCGAUAAUUGCCAGAGCAUCCCGCAAGGCGACGUGGGCGGGCUCUAUCCCGACAACAGCACGCUUUGGGAUAUGUAUGCGCAGGGUGUGCCGGCGAACAGCGGCGUCGGGACAUUCGGUGCGAUCAGUGACCGGGUGCAGAGUUUCCAGAACCGGCUGGAGGUCAUGGGCUGGGAGCGCACGAAGGCGAUGUGGACGGUCCCGCAGGCGUUUGGGGGUGACGGAGAAUACUGGCCCCGCGCCCCGACCGGCGAAGAAUGGAUCGUCCAGUCCUUCCUCGGGAUGAACCGCGGCGCACUCGGCGUCGUGCCCUGGAACGACCCCACACCAUCCGACAUCAAGUCCUCAGCGUCCAUGCUUGCGCUGGCUCUGCCCAUCCUCACUCCGUUCCUGUUCAGCGGCAACGCGACGCGGUCGAACUACUUCGUCAACGGCGUCGACGUCGCCACGUGGACGAUGGGCUCCGACACGCUCGUCAUCGCCGCGAACACGCAGUACACGAACGGCAGCGUGCAGUGGUCCGACAUCAACGCGAGCGGGAGCGGUCUGCAGAGCGCGCUGAGCAGCGGGAGCGUCGGUAUCGACGGGCAAGGGUUCACGCUCGGCGGGGUGGGCGCAGUGGCAUUGGUUCCUGGCGACAGGCUGGAGCAGGGCGGCGCGAAAGGCGCUGCGGUUCCGCUUGGCGUUGCGCGCUCCGCAUGGGGGGCAGCGCUUUUUGGAGGUGUGGCAGGGCUUGUGCUGACGGUACUCUGA